AUGGGUGUUCCUGCACUGUUCCGAUGGCUCUCCAACAAGUAUCCGAAGAUCGUCUCCCCGGUCAUCGAGGAGCAGCCCAACCAAGUGGAUGGAGAAGAAAUUCCGAUUGAUAUCACCGGUCCUAAUCCAAAUGGCGAGGAGCAGGACAACCUCUACCUAGACAUGAAUGGUAUCGUCCAUCCGUGUACCCACCCGGAGGGCAAGCCUCCCCCAGCGGAUGAGCAGGAGAUGAUGAUGGAGAUCUACAAGUACACUGAUCGCGUGGUCAACAUGGUGCGCCCCAGAAAGCUUCUCAUGAUUGCUAUUGAUGGCGUCGCCCCAAGAGCGAAGAUGAACCAGCAGCGCGCGCGUCGAUUCCGCUCAGCGCAAGAGGCCAAAGAGAAUGAUCAAAAGAAGGAGGAACUUCACAAAAUGCUUGCUCAGCAGCAUGCUACAAAGACCGGUGGCGAUAAAAUGAUGCGAGAGGAGGUUGUUCAGAAGACAUGGGACAGUAAUGUCAUCACGCCGGGAACACCUUUCAUGGACAUCCUUGCUGCGUCGCUGCGGUAUUGGAUUGCCUACAAACUCAACACUGACCCGGGUUGGGAGAAACUUAAAAUCAUCAUUUCAGAUGCCACGGUUCCAGGAGAAGGCGAGCACAAGAUCAUGAACUUCGUGCGAUCGCAGCGAGCCUCGCCUGAUCAUGAUCCCAAUACCCGUCAUGUCAUUUACGGUUUGGAUGCUGAUCUUAUCAUGCUGGGUCUCGGUACACACGAGCCCUACUUCCGAGUAUUGCGUGAAGAUGUGUUUGCCCAGGAUUCUAGGCCUCGCGGAUGCAGACUCUGUGGACAGAAUGGCCACAAGGCUGAAGAGUGUCUUGGUCGCCCAAAGGAAAAGAAUGGAGAAUUCGACGAGAAACAGCACGCUGCACCUCUCAAGCCAUUUAUCUGGCUCCAUGUCGCUGUCCUAAGAGAAUACCUUGCCGUGGAACUUCGUGUCCCUCAACAACCUUUCCCGUUCGAUUUGGAACGUGCGCUUGAUGACUGGGUCUUCAUGUGUUUCUUCGUCGGAAACGAUUUCCUUCCUCACUUGCCCUCUUUGGACAUUCGCGAGAACGGAAUUGAUACUUUGAUUGCAAUUUGGCGGGAUAAUCUCCCCGCAAUGGGAAGCUAUCUCACCAAAGAUGGAAGUGUUGAUCUCAAAAACGCUCAAAUCAUCUUGCAAGGGCUGGCAAAGCAGGAGGACGCCAUUUUCGCGCGUCGUAGACAAGCGGAAGAAAGGAAACAGGCAAAUGAGAAAAGAAGGAAGGAGCAGGACGCGGCUCGCAAUGAAGAACGCUCUCAGAAGCGCAGACGGAGCUCUCCCCCGUCUCGCAAUCAGCGCGGUGGUGGCGGUGAGGCCGUUCCUCCCAUGGAACUGAUCACACCUGGCCGAGGCCACUUGGCCAAGGAGACCAGGGAGUUGACACACAGCAUGGUCAUCAACCGUGGAGCUGUGUACCGCGCCAAUAUGGAGAACAAGAGUGCCGCUGCUGUGCUGAAGAGCAAACUCAUGAAGACCAAGCAGGGCGCAGCUGAUGCCGUCGAACCCUCAGUUUCCCAGGACGGGGAAGCAUCUACUGAAGCCCUAGAGCCGACUUCGCCUGGAGGCGGAGUUCUCGGAAAGCGAAAGGCGGAAGUAACCGAACAGGAGGUCGAACAGGAAGUCGAACAAGAGGACGAGGAGGCAGGCACACCGGGCAGGGACUCACCACCGCCCCCGGUUCCCGAGAAGCCCAAACAAGAUGAGCCUCAAGAAGACACUGUCAAGCUUUGGGAGCCUGGAUAUGCCGAUCGUUACUACGAGCAAAAAUUCGGCGUGGACCCUAAAGACUUGGAGUUCCGUCACCAGGUCGCUCGUGAAUAUGCAGUUGGUCUUUGUUGGGUUUUGCGAUACUAUUUCCAGGGCUGCCCCUCUUGGAAUUGGUAUUACCCACGCCACUAUGCUCCGUUCGCUGCCGACUUCGUUGAUAUCGCCGAUAUGGACGUCCAGUUUGAGAAAGGCACCAUCUUCAAACCAUUUGAACAGCUAAUGGGUGUCCUGCCUGCCUCAUCUAACCACGCGCUCCCGAAGGUUUUCCAUCCUCUCAUGGAGAACCCCGAUAGCGAGAUCAUUGACUUCUACCCGGAGGACUUCCCUCUGGAUCUGAAUGGCAAGAAAUUUGCUUGGCAAGGCGUCAUUCUUCUCCCCUUCAUCGACGAGACUCGUCUUCUAAAAGCAAUGGAGAAGGUAUAUCCUCUUCUCACUGAGGAUGAAAAGAGUCGCAACUCCCAUGGGCAGGAGGUUCUUCUAGUCUCCGACAGACAUCCAUUGUACCAAGACCUUGUGGCGAACUUUUACUCCAAGAAACCGGGUCCGGCAGAGUAUAACCUCAAGUCGGAUGUGAGUGGCGGCCUGGCUGGUAUUGUCCAGCGUAGCGACUCUUAUAUCCCUCACAGCUCCUUGGUCUCCCCACUCGAGGCACAUGGCAUGCCGAGUGUUGAGGAUGAUCGUUCUCUCACGGUUCUGUACACGAUCCCAAAAUCGUCUAGCGUGCACAAAUCUAUGCUUCUCCGUGGUGUCAAGCUACCGACGCCCAUGUUGGAUUCGAACGAUAUCAGGGCUACGCAAGGCCGUGCCCAGAACUCGGGCCGAUCAUUUGGCGGUGCACCUUUCCAGGGCAGGGGACGUGGCGGUCGAAUGAGCUAUGCCAGUGAUCGGCCGAACCCAUUCGCUGCGCACCUCCAAGGUGGUCCCGGAGGUGCCCCUAUGGUACCUCCUGGCUGGGUUCCUCCCGGCCAAGGAUACGGAGGUUACUCCAGGGGACCGCCUCCACCACCUCGCGGGGGAAUGUCACACCAGUCAAGCUACCAUUACAACCAAGGUGGCCAGUACAAUCAGGGCGGCCAAUACAACCAAGGUGGCCAGUACAACCCGGGUGGUCAGUACAAUAAUGGGUAUCAAUCGCAGAAUUAUCGCGGAGGUCGUGGAGGUGGCCGAGGAGGUCGAGGUGGCGGUGGCCAGAAUCGGGAUCAUUACUCCCACAAUCAAGGAGGAUACAACCGCUACUAG